UGCCCGUUCUUUGGGCAGGGCGCUGCCCGGGGGCGGAGCGGGGAGCGAUGGCGGCUGAGCUGCGGGAGGCGCUGGAGCGGCGGCUGCGGGACCUGGGCAUCGCCACCGUCACCGCCGAGCACCCCCAGGUGUUCACUGUUGAAGAAAUGAUGCCCCACGUCCAACACAUGAAAGGAGGUCACAGUAAAAACCUGUUUCUUAAAGACAAAAAGAAGAAAGGGUUCUGGCUGGUGACGGUCCUGCACAACAGGCAGGUCAAUUUGAACGAACUUGGUAAAAAACUGGGUGUUGGAAGCGGAAACCUAAGAUUUGCUGACGAGAACGCCAUGCUGGAAAAGCUCCGAGUGGGUCAGGGCUGUGCCACGCCGCUCGCCCUCUUCUGUGACCAGGGAGAUGUGAGGCUGGUGCUGGAUGCUGCCCUGCUCCAAGGGGGCCAUGAAAAGGUGUAUUUUCAUCCAAUGACAAAUUCUGCAACCAUGGGCUUAAGCCCCGACGACUUCCUGAAGUUUGUGAGAUCAACAGGCCACGACCCCAUCAUCAUACACUUCGAUGAAGACAUUAAGUAGAGGAAGUUCAUUUUUCUACUACUACUCAUAGAUUUUUGUAGAGCAAAACUGGUGAAAAAUCUCAUUACAAAUAAAACUUGAAAAAAAUGGCUUACUCCUUUUUCAUUUGUUUC